CUUGGGCUUCCUGUGUUUUUAAAAGAUGGCGGCAAAAAAGAAGUUCAACAUUCCAACAGUUGAUGAAUUAGAGGAAAAAAAGACCCCACAAAUCGCCUCUAAGAGAGUAUUUAAGCUCUUUCGGAGGGUAAAUGAUACCAAUAAACCUGCUGGUGAAGAAGAGAGCUCUCGAAAAGAUGAUAUUCAUGAAAAAAAUAGUGUAAAUAAGGAAACAAGUAAACAACGUGAAACAUGUCAGUCGAGAACCAACUUAGAAUCAAGCGAGCAAAAUUUGGUAAAACAAGUCAGUAGUUCCUCAGAUAAAGCCGUCACGAGUUGCACUACAGCAACCACAAACUUUAGUACCGCAAGUUGUAAUAAAACUGGAGGUGACUUGACAYCGAGGGACGCAGAAAAUAAUGUGGGAAAGUCAUUCAAAGACACRUUUGCUUUUCUUAAAAAUACUCGACAUUAUGAAGAAGCUGAAGCCAAAAUGAAGGAAAUUGAGUCUAAUAAAUCUGCAGCCAGCAAGGUGAAGCCCACCAUCCCCAGUAAACCAAAACCAAAUGCUAUACAAGUCAACCCAAGACAGAAAGGUAACCCAGUGUUGAAAUUCAUUCGUUGUGUUCCCUGGGAGUACAGUGAUAUUAUACCUGAUUAUGUCAUGGGUGCAACAACAUGUGCAUUGUUCCUAAGCUUACGCUAUCAUCACUUCAAUCCAAACUACAUCCAUGAUAGGCUGCGACUUUUGGGRAAAAGUUAUGAACUAAGAAUUCUUUUAGUACUUGUUGAUGUUAAAGACCCUCAUCAAACGUUAAGAGAGUUAGCCAAGAUGGCUAUCAUGGCAGAUCUUACCAUGAUGUUAACAUGGAGCUCAGAAGAAGCUGGCAAAUAUUUAGAAACCUACAAAGUAUAUGAAAAUAAGCCGGUUGAUGCGUUACAAGGGCAAAAUGAUGGUGAUCAUUUCUCUAAACUUCAAGAUUGCCUAACGACAGUUAAAGGCAUAAACAAGACUGAUGUCCUAACCUUGAACUCUACAUUCGGGACUCUAGCAGAAGUAACGAAAGCUCCAAAAGAUGAUCUAAUAUUCCUGCCUGGCUUUGGUCCUUUGAAAGCCAAGAGGCUUCACRGCAUAUUCCAUGAACCAUUCCUCGCCAAGAAAAAGAAAUCAGAGGACGAUGUUUCUACGGCGAACACUGGUUAAAUUUAUGGGAUGAAGGAUGGGG